AUGCAGUUCUUCACCGUUGCCUCCCUCUUCGCCGCUGCUGCUAUCGCUGCACCGGCUCCCCAGUCGACUGGCUGCCCCAACCCUGCUCACUGCGGUGGCGCCCCCGACCCAUCCAAGACCGAGAACAUCAACAUCAGCGACUUCUUCCUCCGUAGGAACCCCAGCAUCCAGAGCGCUGGCUUCAAGCUUUCCGGCAACAACGCCACCGACAUCUCUUGCGAGAUUGGCGCUGUACCCAGCCUACCCUCUGCGGUCACGAACUGUGGCACUAGCGCUUACAGCUUUGGCCUCACAAAGGGCGAGUCGACCGAGUACGCUCUUGCCAUCUACCACGAGACCGGUCCUUCCGCUGGCAAGUGGGCCAUUGUCGACUUUUCCACCGACUGCCGCGCUGGUCCCAACGGUGUUAACGACUCCGUCUGCUCCCAGGUCAACCCCACGACCAUUGUUAUCUCGAGCUAG